AUGCUGAGAUCAUUCAUAAAAAACACAGUCUCCAGAGAGUCCUGGAACGGUGCACCUUGGCUGGUCAAACCACAUAUUGCAGAGUUCUAUAACAUCGUAACCGACGUUCCACAGCAUCUUCAAUACGGAAACAAGGCCGGGAAGAAAGCCAAGGUCUCCGCCGACAAGCAGGAGGACGAAAAGCUAUUUGGAUUCUUUUCCUCUCAGCGGCCACAGAUGAAGCAAUCGGCAAAGGGUCAAAAAGCGAAAACGCCACAGGAGCUUGCCAAGGCAAAAGAAGAACAGUACGAGGCUUAUAGGCGAUCUUUAAGCGGGAAUCCUUCUUUUAGAUUGCCCAAGAACGAUAAGCCCAAAGUGCUACCCUCAUCAGAUGUCCGAAUGUCUUUCAUUCCUGAAAUUUCCGUCGUUAUCAAUAAACUACCCCCCUCUCCGCCGCCACCCCCUCCGAUCAAAUACCCUAUUGAAGAUCUCGAUAUACCUCCAGCUGGGGACGGCUCCAAGCGCCCAAGCUUACACUUUUUGACUAGCGACGAGGCUUCUACGAAGCUUGGACUUGGCCUAAAACCAGAAUCUGUAGGACCGCUCCUCGAGACCUGGAAUACGCUGAAUGUAUACUGCGAAGUAUUUCAACUCGACUCGUUCACAUUUGAUGAUUUUAUCGAAGCAAUGCGCUUUUCUUCAGAUGAAAUCAAUUGUGAACUAUUCGUGGAGAUUCACUGUGCGGUGUUGAAAACACUGGUCAAUUCCGAGAAAGAUCAAGAGGGCGCCAUCCAAAUAUCUCUGCCCGCCAUUCCCGACGAAGAGUCUGAAGAAGAAGCGGAGGAAUCCGAGCCUGAGCCUGAGCCCGAACCAGAGCCCGAGCCUACCAGGCGAGCAACGAGAAGUACCAUGGCACGGGUUGAGAUUGUUAACACAGUGACGCCCCCACGUAGCCGUUCUAACUCUGCUGAUGUUAAAAUACAUCGAGCUGCUGAGAUGAUCGCAGAGUAUAGCUGGAUUGAUCGCCUGCGGAAGCGCGAUUUCAAGAAUGGUGGUUGGGAGGUGGUCAUGGUUGGCCUUUUACAUCGGCUAUCAGCUAGACCGCGAUUACAAAAGGUCUGCGACGAAAUUCUGACGCAUCUUGCUCCUCUGGAUGCUGAGCCUACAGCACAAACCGCCCACCUGCAGUAUUCCACCCUCGAUGUAAAUCUCCGUGUUCAAGCACUCCAGAUUAUAUGCAUGCUCACCGUUGAGACAAAAGCGAUGAAAAACUAUCUCGAGGAAUGUAAUAACCAGAUGACGGAGUUCCGCAAAGAGAAAAUCGAAUUGCAACGUGCACGUAAAGCCACUCUCGAAGAACUAAGAAAACUGCAUGAGGAGAGAAAAGAACUUGAACCAGACCGGCCUCCUUCCCCUGCUCCAGACUCUGAGGAAAUGGUGGAGACAAAGGCACUUGGGACAGAAGACGAAUCUGAGGCUGCUGGUGACUCCGAUGAAGAAGAGUCCCAUAUAGGCCGAUCGCUACGCGGAGGGGCGGAUAGAGAACUCGAACGCAAGCGAAGGCAGGAGGAGGAACGUGUGCGCAAAGAACAGGCUGCCAAGCUGCCGAAAGGGUCAAAGCAGUAUCAACGCGUGUUAAAGAAGAUUGAUGAUCUGAAAGCCAAGGUUCAAUCUUACGAAACUGACAUAGCUGUCCUUGAUAACGAUCUUCGUGAAGCGGACUGUCCUAGGACUCGCGUUCUUGGCAAAGAUCGUUUUUGGAACCGAUACUAUUGGUUUGAACGAAACGGAAUGCCGUAUGAGGGCCUUCCGAAUAGUUCCACUGCGUCUGUGGGUUACGCCAAUGGAAGGUUAUGGGUUCAAGGUCCUGACAAAAUCGAACAAGAAGGGUUUAUUGAUCUUCCCGGCGAAUUGGGUAAACAAUAUGUCAAGAAGUUUGGCAUGACCGUUGCGGAGCGCAAACGAUCGGAGGAAGGCCCAGCCGGCGUUCUUAAUGCCGAAGAAUGGGGGUACUACGAUGAUCCGCAGGAUCUAGACAAGCUUAUCGAUUGGUUGGAUAGUCGUGGUGUACGUGAGGUGAAACUACGCAAAGAACUUCUUCUCCACAGGGAUAAAAUUGCCAAGUAUAUGAAGAACCGAAAGGAGUAUUUAUCUGGGGCCGCGUCGUUAGCUGAGUCCGAGGAGGAGUCUCAAGCGAAAAUGCCUACACGAACCAAGAAGCACGCUGACCCCGGCAACUUACAUUGCCUAAAAUGGAAGAAUCUAACGGCGUUGCGGGACAAUGGCCAUUUGCAUGUUGAGGCAGAACGCCCCGCGAAAAGAGCGAAGAGGUCGAUGGACCAUGCCAAAGAUAUCAAAGUCAUGAAUCGUCAGGGAAAACCGCUGACUAGACAAGGUACGCGGUACAACUUCUAG